AUGUCUAACCCCUCAGUCGUUAAGCCCGAUCCGUCCUAUGUUGUACCCCUCUUCAUCAACGGCAAGGAGGUCACAACCAAAACCACUUUUCCUGUAACAUCACCUUCAUCCCACAAGCAAGUAUGGACCUCUUCGGCCGCCUCUCUGGAAGAUGUCAAGAGUGCCGUGUCAGCGGCAAAAGCUGCUUUCCCCACUUGGUCUAAGAUGAAGCAUUCCGCUAAACGCAAUAUCUUCUUGAAAGCCGCCGACGUGAUCGAUGCGCGCGCGGAAGAAUUCGCAGACUACAUGAAGAUUGAAACUGGAGCUGCGGACAUGUUCAGCAACGGGUUCAAUGUGCCUAAGAUGGCGGAUAUGCUGAGAGAUGUGGCGGGAAGGUUGAGCGCCGUGAUGGGACAUAUUCCUAGCUGUGAAGAGGAGGGUACUAGUGCGUUGAUCGUCAAAGAGCCGUAUGGGGUCGUGUUGGGCAUUGCACCUUGGAAUGCCCCGUAUGUGCUUGGUAUGCGAUCAAUUCUGUACCCUCUCGCUGCGGGUAACACUUGCAUCCUAAAGGGUAGCGAGUUCUGCCCUCGCACAUGGUGGGCUAUUGGCAGCGCCUUGAGCGAGGCGGGCCUUCCCGCGGGCGCGCUCAAUGUCCUCUUCCAUCGUCCCGAGGAUGCGGCGCAGGUGACCACUGCCCUAAUUGAGGAGCCCGCCAUCAAGAAGAUUAACUUCACUGGCUCUACCGCCGUUGGUCGCAUAAUCGCAUCGACAGCUGGCAAGAACCUCAAACCUGUUCUGCUCGAACUGGGUGGCAAAGCGAGCGCCAUUGUCCUCGACGAUGCCAACUUGCAGACAGCAGCGACACAAUGUGCACUAGGUGCCUUCCUACAUUCAGGCCAGAUUUGCAUGAGCUCGGAACGCAUUCUGGUACACAAGAACAUCAAGCCACAAUUCAUCGAAGCUUUCAAGGGCGCCGUAGAGGGUAUCUUCGGCGGCGACAAGCCCGCACCGGUUCUCGUAGCUGCGCCGGGUGUAGAAAAGAACAAACGCCUUGUCGCAGAUGCAGUCAAGAAUGGUGCCAAAGUCGUACAUGGUGACCACGAAAGCGAUGAAAAACACCCGGAGACGAACGAAACCUCCGGAACACGCAUGCGUCCCAUCAUCGUUGAUGGCGUGAACAAGAACAUGGAGCUUUUCCACACCGAAUCUUUUGGACCAUCCGUCUCCGUUAUAGAGAUCUCCAGCGACGAGGAAGCUAUCGAGAUCGCUAAUGACACUGACUACGGUCUUUCUGGUGCUGUAUUCACAGAGAACCUUGGCCGUGGUCUGCGCAUUGCCAAGCAGAUUGAAAGCGGAGCUAUUCACAUCAACUCCAUGACAGUGCAUGAUGAGUGGACUUUACCGCAUGGUGGUGCGAAGGCAAGUGGGUUUGGGCGAUUCAACGGGCACUGGGGUAUUGAAGAGUUUUUGAGGAUGAAAACUAUCACAUACAAGGAGUAG